UGGAAUUCCAACGAGAGCGACGACGUCCGUUCCAGUGCUGCCACGCAGGAGCGCAGUGAUAGAUUGACUAAUGGGGGCGCAAAGCUCGAGCCCGGCGCCGAUGCCAUCCGUGCCGUUCAACCUCCCCGACGGCGAAUGGCGGGCCAAGCUCAACCCCGAGCAGUACCGUGUUCUGCGCCAGAAAGGCACCGAGCGCCCGGGCACCGGCGCCUUCAACAAGCACACCGCGCUUGGCACGUACCUCUGCGCGGGCUGCGACGCGCCGCUGUACACGUCGGCGCAAAAGUUCAACUCGGGCUGCGGGUGGCCAGCGUUCUUUGAUGCGAUUCCUGGUGCGAUCAAGGCGCUCCCAGACGCCGACGGUAGCCGCAUCGAGAUCAUCUGCGCCAACUGCGGCGGGCACAUGGGCCACGUCUUCAAGGGUGAGGGCUUCAAGACACCGACCGACGAGCGCCAUUGUGUGAAUAGCGUUUCGCUCAAGUUUACGGCCUCGCCUGCGCCAUGAGCAGGCAUGUAAACUUCGAGCAACAAUACUUUGCAUCAUUACGA